AUGGUGAAAGGGAAUAAGUUACCACCUGAGAAGAACAUCCAGGUCGCCGUUCGUUGCAGGCCAUUAAAUAGUAAUGAAAUGAAAGGUAAUUCAUCUGUAGCGGUCGAAUGCACAAAAAAGGAAGUAGAAGUUAUGCAAGAAAUUGCUGAUAAGCAAACGAGCAAAACAUUUACUUUCGACAAAGUAUUUGGACCCGAAUCCAGUCAAAUUGAUGUUUACAAAGGUGUUGUUGCACCUACACUAGACGCAGUUUUAAUGGGAUACAACUGUACUGUAUUUGCGUAUGGCCAAACAGGUACAGGAAAAACUUACACCAUGGAGGGCGAGAGAGAUCCCAAUAAGCACCUAUCAUGGGAAGAAGAUCCAUCAUCCGGCAUUAUCCCUAGGACAUUACAUCAACUUUUUGAAAAGUUAACGAGUCAGAAUUUUGAAUUCUCGGUGAGAGUAUCAUUUGUCGAAUUAUACAAUGAAGAACUCUUUGAUUUACUAAGCCCUAGCGAAAUAGAUCAUAAGAAAUUACGAAUUUUCGAAGAUUCAGCAAGAAAGGGAAGUGUCAUUAUUCAAGGCGUUGAAGAAAUUAUUGUACACACUAAAGAUGAAGUUUACGGUAUCAUGGAAAGAGGUGCCGCACGACGGCAAACUGCAUCAACUCUAAUGAAUGCUUCUUCCAGUCGAUCACAUACAAUUUUCUCAGUAACUAUUCACCUCAAAGAAAACACUAUGGAAGGCGAUGAAUUUCUUAAAACUGGAAAAUUGAAUUUGGUUGAUCUUGCAGGCAGCGAAAAUGUUGGAAGGUCUGGAGCUGUUGAUAAAAGAGCUCGUGAAGCUGGUAACAUCAAUCAAAGUUUACUGACGUUAGGGCGAGUAAUCACUGCCCUUGUUGAAAGAACACCCCAUAUUCCUUACCGAGAAAGCAAAUUAACACGACUAUUGCAAGAUUCUUUGGGUGGCAGAACGAAAACUUCUAUUAUUGCAACAAUAUCUCCUGCUUCAUGCAAUCUGGAUGAAACAUUAAGCACCCUGGAUUAUGCUCAUCGUGCAAAGCAUAUUACCAACAGGCCGGAAAUCAAUCAGCGGCUUACUAAACGCGCUCUUAUUAAAGAAUAUACCGAGGAAAUUGAGCGACUUAGAAAAGAUCUAGUUGCAUCUCGAGAGAAGAAUGGUAUUUACUUGUCUGAGGAAAAUUACAGGGCAUGUAUAUUUCUUUUAAUUAGAACAAUGGAAACAACGUUACGACAACAAAGUGAAGCCAUCAACGAAAUGGAAGAAAAAAUAAAAGCGUACUGUGAAGAGAUCGAAAAGGAGUUAAUAGGAAGUUCAGGCCAGAAUCAUGAAGAAAUAGUUGGUACCGUAAAUGAUUCAUUCGCUACAACACAAGCAUUUUUAUCAUCUGUUAUGGAUAAAGUAGAAAAUCAGCAAAAUACCAUAUCAGAAGAUGCAAAUAAUUACCAGGUAUCAUUAUCUGACAUGAAAUCAAAUGUGGACCAUUUUAUCUCUCAAGAUCUAAUCAAGGAUUUACCAACGGGCAAAACACCACAACGACGCCAGUUCACUUAUCCAACCAACUUAAUCAAAACAGCCGAUCACAAAAACAUUUUGCAUCAAUACCGAUCGAACAUGGGAUAUCUGGUAAAUGAAGCCUUUUAA